UCUAACUAUAGUCAAUUAGUCAGUAAGCGAGUGGUGGCGAUCAGUCGCGUUAAGACACUUCGAGAGGAUGGUUGUUCGCCGCGCGUGCUUCGUCGGGGCCCUUCUGCUGGCCCUCGUGCUCUUGGCAAUCAAAGGGACCCAAGUGGACGCCCUCAGCAAGGACCAACUCUAUCCUUACAACCUGCCCGGAGGCGCUACGCUCCAGGCUGCCGCCAACGGGGAACUCGAGUCCGUGGAGGUCCCUUUGAAGACGCCAAUUGCCUUCUAUGACAACAUCUACAACUCCAUAAUCGUGAACGGAAAUGGCGUCCUGUCCUUCGUCAGGACGAUGCAGAGAUUCUUCAACAUAGCCUUUCCUGUGGACGAUCCUAUUAUCGCACCCCUGUACACGCACGUGGACACCAGAGCUUCCGGCAGAGUCUACUACGGCGAGAGCAACUCCGGCGACGUCCUCAGCCGAGCCGGCGAGACCGUCAGAAGGUCCUUUAAGGACUUCCAGGACUUCGAACCCUCGCACGUUUUCAUCGUGACCUGGUUGGACGUCGGAUACUACAAUGAGAAGAGCGAUCAUGUCAACAGCUAUCAAGUAGUAAUCUCCUCGAACGGUACGCACUCGUUCGUCGAGCUUCUCUAUCCCGAGGGUGGCAUCCGGUGGAUACAGGCGAUUCCCCAACCCAAUGGGCUUCCCGAUGCGAAGGCGCAGGCAGGCUUGAUGAGUGGCGGGAAAGUCUACACCCUCAAAGGCUCGGGCACCGAUAGGAUCGAAUAUAUUGAAAAGUGGUCGAACAUCAACGAGCCCGGGAAGUGGGUCUUCCACGUUGGUCCCAUUGCCGGCGACGAAAACAUAAAAAUUCCGGAUAACAUUGACGAAGUCGCAGCGACCAACGAGGCGCCGAGCUGUCAGACGGAUUCGACGAGGUGCCACACGAAGGCGCACUGCAUCGAUCACGAGGUCGGAUUCUGCUGCGUUUGCAAGGACGGCUUCUUCGGCAAUGGAAAGUCUUGUCAACCUAACGAUGUGCCAUUGCGGAUUCUCGGCAUCAUGUCCGGUUCCAUUAACGACGUGGAAUUCGAAAGUAGACAUCUGCAAUCUUACGUCCAGACGAAGGACGGCAGAACCUAUACUGCUCUGACAAACUUACCGCACCCCCUGGAAUCCAGCUUCCAGCUGGUGGGUGUCAUGGGCGAGGUUAUCGGAUGGUUGUUCGCAAAACCUAUCGGUGAUGCCAGAAAUGGAUACCAGUUGACAGGUGGCGUCUUCAACCACACCGUCAACAUCUUCUUUGAAAGAAGCGGCGAGAGGCUGACCAUCCAAACGAAUUACCUGGGACUGGACGUCUUCGGUCAACUGAAGAUGGAGGCUCAGAUGCGAGGGAACCUUCCGGUUCUACCCGAGAACGCCACCAUCCUCUUCGAGGAUUACGAGGAGCUGUACAUGAAGACUGACAGUGGCAAGAUUACGUCUCAGAGCAACAGAGUAUACAAAUUCCGGGACGUAUCCGGGGACGAGUAUCCCUUCGUCACGGAUCAGAUCAUCACCUAUCAGGAGUGUGACUACGCCCCGCAUGAACCUGAGGAGAAUAAGGUCAUCCUAAAAUUCUCGAGAGGCGUGAUAAACUACGAUAAGACCGAAGUUAUUGUUCGCUUUGGAUUGAACACGAAAAUCGCCUAUUUUGGUAAGGACGACCUCUGCGUCCUGGAAAAGGAUAGAUGCGGCGAGCACAGCACCUGCGUCGUCGAUGCGGAAGGAGAUGACAUAAAAUGCAUCUGCAAUCCUGGGUACCAAAGCGUGUACGUUGGGGUAAAUAUUUGUGAGGACAUUGACGAGUGCGACACUGGAAGACAUUUCUGUUCACGCGAUUCCAUAUGCCUUAACAACGAGGGAAGCUACAUCUGCGUCUGCAAAGAGGGCUAUUCUUUCGAUGGUCUAGCUUGUCAAAAGCUACCCAGCUGCGAGGAUGGCGAGUGCAACGAGGAAGAGAGCAGUCUCAGACCAACCGAGGAAGUUAAUCGAGAGCUAUCAGCGAUCCCGAUCCCGAAUUGUUUGGAGGAUCGAUGCGUGUGUCCCCCGGGAUACGAUUUCGACAGCCACGCGGAAAUUUGCGUUCCUCUGACAGGAUACAACCACGAGACGAUGGGUCCUUCAGGCUCACAAUUACCUUGUGACGUGGUGAACACGUGUCACCCGUACGCUCAGUGCCUCCAGGUCGACUACAGUGGACAAUACGAGUGCGUAUGCAAUCCGGGAUACGAAGGCGACGGUCUAGAGUGCAUCAAGCCAGAAGUAUCCUGCCUGGAGGUGGACACCUGCGAUCCCAACGCUUCCUGUCAGCACGAGGAACCACUGGCCAAAUGCGUCUGCAAUCCAGGAUACACAGGAGACGGCUCGACCUGCAAUCCAAUCGCCGAAUGCUCGGGCAACUCCGACUGCGAAGAGCCCGAAACGUGCAAUUACAAUCCGGAGAACUCGCGGUACGAGUGUACCUGCGACCCGGAGAUCUGCGGAUCCUCCACUCCCGACUGCUCCAUGAACUCCUCCCUCUGUCACCCGAACGCACAGUGCAUCCCGACGGACGAGGGCAGUCACGCCUGCACGUGCAUCACUGGCUACAGAGGCGACGGCGUCCGUCAGUGCGAACGGGAACACUUGAAUUGCGAUUUCUACGAGAGGAGCUGCAAUCCGAACGCGGCUUGCGUUUAUCUGACUCAUCUGAAUGAUUACGGCUGCGUGUGCCAGGAGGAUUAUGAAGGUGACGGAUUCAACUGCUACCCGAAAUACACGUGCGCCCGAGAUCCAAGUAUUUGCUCUCCGGAUGCCAGUUGCGUAAUAACCGCAAACAAUGUCUACGCUUGCGUCUGCGACGACGGGUUCAUUGGAAAUGGCACGCAGUGCAGAAGGAUCCCGAAGCACGAUGCCAACAUUCUUUUGGUGAAUCAAGGGAUGACUAUACACAGGAUACCAUUCGUCCCUAGUCCGUCCAAUCCAGGAACUCCAAUUUACAUUCACUACAAGCAGAUGGCUGUCGCCAUAGAUAUCGACUGUAUAUCCGGAAUAGCAUAUUCGAGUGACAUUAGCGGAUCAAAAAUUUCGGCUUUUCUUUAUAAUGGCACUCUGCUCGAGACUUUCCUUUCUGAUAUCAACGGGGCCGAAGGACUCUCGGUGGAUUGGGUCGCGAGAAACAUCUACUGGACCGAUUCGAUCAAGAAGACUGUCGAAGUGGCAAACCUGAACACCAAGAAACGAAAGGUCCUGGUCGACGAAGGUCUCAUGAACCCUAGAGGAAUGGCGGUUCAUCCGUACAGAGGGAAAAUCUUCUGGUCGGACUGGUAUCGGGCAGCACCGAAAUUGGAAUGGGCCAAUGCGGAUGGCACCGAGCGUGAGAUCUUCCUCCGAGGCGAACACGUCGCGCUACCGAAUUCCUUAAGCAUCGAUUGGGCGACUGAUGAACUCUGUUGGGCAGAUGCUGGUCAACUCGCAAUAAACUGCGCCCAGAUUGACGCGAGAACAGUACGCGUUGUCAUUGCUGGAUUGUCUUAUCCUUUCGGAUUGGCCAUCUCGCAGAAUCAUUACUACUGGACUGACUGGAAGACGCCAACCGUCGAAGUUGCUAGAAAGAGUUCUGGCCUACUUUCUUCUCCAUUGUCAAUUCCACCAGGAGGAACAGGAAAAAUAUACGGAAUCGUGGCGGUGCCGGAAGUCUGUCCUCAAGUAUCGAACGUUUGUCAGUACCAAGAUGGUGGAUGCAACAAGGAACAGCUUUGUCUUCCUGACGGAAAAGGAGGAAGAACAUGCGCCUGCGCGGACGAUGCUUCGGGCCCCUGUCAGGAUUCGUAGAAGAUCUCUGUGUCGCCAUGAAUAAUAAUACGGUGCGGGGAACUCCUCUCGCUAUUUUCAAAACUUCAGAAGGAGUGAAUUUGUCAAACUGAUUUCUGCUUCUUCAACUUUUCAAAUGGAAGGACUCACAUCUCUAGCGAUAUCAGAAAAAGAACGUCAAAGUACACGUAAUCAUUUCAAGGAGCAUCACCAGUCAAAGAGGAUCUAGAAGUAGAGCUUGCAGCGUUACUCUAGUUAUUAAUAUUAACGUUAGUCUCAUAUAACAAUACAUAUUCUUAUGUUGCAACGAACAAACAGUAAUUUAAGUCAAACACGAAGUUCACUUUGCAUAACCCAUUAUCUUUCAAUUUCCACUUCUUCGUGAUCAGUGAUCACUAUUUUUUCUACUGUAGUAUAACAAAUGGUACUAAUUAAAUUUAAUGUUUUUCUGCCGCAUUAAGACAACUGAAAAAUAAAAUACGAUGUAAUUGAAAA